CAAAUGCAAACAAAAAGGGCGUAAUCCCCGCUCCGUCAUUUUUACUACAAGAACAAAAACAGUAACCGGAAGCACUACUUCUGAUUUCAACCAUUUACAAAAUAUAAAAAUAUCGAAAUUGGGUUAGUUCUUGUUCAUUGUCUGAAAAAUCCAACACUUGCAAUGGUUGUAGCCCACUCUUCUCCUCUCUCCCCUGAAUCCAGCUUCCGUGAACUCGAUGACGCCUUCUUGCAGACCCAAACAAGAAUAUGGCUUGGGGAGGUCCUCCAGACGAGAUUGAAUGAAAACAUGGAUAUUUCUGAUUUGUUAGCUGAUGGAGAGUUGCUCUUUGAAGUGUCAAGAGUAGUAUGGCAAAUGUUGUUAGCAACACGGAUGGAGCUUAAACAUAUAAAAGCAUACAAAUAUGAGCCAUUUGCUUUUGGGAAGAGCAGCAGGAGGUAUAUGCCUUAUUCUAAUGUGGAUAUUUUUCUGAAGAUCUGCAAAAUGUUGGGAUUAACUGGAAUUGAUCUUUUCUCCCCAUCAGACGUUGUUGAAAAAAAAAAUACUCGGAAAGUUUGUAUGUGUAUACGUUUGCUUUCAAAUAAAGCGAGGUCAAAGCAGUUAAAUGUUCCAGAUUUUGAUGUGGUCACUUAUGCCGUUGCUAUGCCAACAGAUAUGGUCGGAUGCAUCCGUAGAAGCUUGGAGCAGUCACAACAUAUCUUUUUGAGCACUGCUAGUCAAAAUUCAAGCCAUGUUUUGAUAGCAAAUUCCAGGGAGAGAAAUUCCAUUGUAGGUUCAAAUGGAAACUAUGGUUUGUUCCCCGAACAGUCUGAUGAUUCAGCAUGCAAUUUAAUCAUUCAAUCCGAUGCCUCCUCACCAAAUUCUCCUUAUGAUGCUUCAUCCCAGUUGAAUUUUUAUUCAGUGGAUUCUCCGGGAGUAUCUGCAGUGGUUGGAAAAUGUGCUCCUGGAGACCAAUUUUCCCCAUUAGAAGUUGAAAACCAAGAGCAAAAUGAGUAUGCACAUGAAUUUGAAUCUCCUUGUUUGAAUGAAUCAGCAGGAUCUGUUUGCUCACUGCUUUGGGAAAAUGAUUAUCAUCUGGAUGGUUUGUCAUCUACUUCAUGUGUUGAUUCACCAAUUCAUUUAGAUGGCAGGGCUUCUCAUACUAAAACCAGAUCCAGGCAUAGCUAUGAAAUUCGUACGCUGGACUUUAGUUAUAGUGAUCUUGAUAUGCAAAUUGGUGCUGGUGAGGAUUCCACGGGUGAUGGCACACAGGAAAAAAAUAAUUUUCUCCCCAUAGCAAUUUCAACUAUGGUUUGCCAUGAAUUGGAUACCAAUGACCCCAUCCAGUUUGAUGGAGAUAACAGUAUUUUUAAUGGAUACACAAGCCCCAGUUCUCAUGGGUCAAAUUCAACGCCGAGGACUGUUGAAAAUGGAUUUAGAAGCAAACUUGCUGAUGUCAAUGAUGAGGAAUUUUCUUCAACUCCACGCAUUAUUUCUUUGCCUGGUGUUUCUCAGAACAUGAAUUUUGAUGAUCAAGAGGAUGCAGGUCAUGAUUUCAAAACUUUCUGGUUACCUGAAGUGCAGCACGGCGAGGCGGAUCACAAAACUCAGAACGCAGUCAAAAACAAGACUCUCAUGUACUGCUCAAAACCUAAGGCUGAAGAGCCACUUAUUGACAUAAAAUUCAUACAAGAAAGCUUCAAUACCAACCUUUUGCAACCAUGUUCUGAUAGUCCAUCAUGCAUCACUGGUAAUUCAGAUCAUGGUGUUGUAUAUGAUAAUGGAAUAUGCAAGUCACUAGAUCCAAAUGUUGGAAUUGAUGAGGGAAAAUGCUCUCAAUUAGAUUCAGAUUGUUUAAAGAAUGUAAAUUGCAAUCAAUGUUUGGAUUUGUUGGCUCAAUCUUAUUCUCCACUUGAUCUUCAUCUAUGGAAUCAAAAAGGCAAAUGUGUCGUUGGUAUAAUAUCUGAUGAAAAUGAUGGGAAUGAGGGUAACAAAACUUCUCCCAAUUCUAUUUUGCACAAGGGUCUACAUGGGGAAAUCGCCGGAGGAGAUGCCUUAGUGCAUGAAGACAUCAAGUCUGGUGUUAUUCAAAAUGACAAAGAGUUAAUUCAUUCUGCCAUUGUUGAAUCAAUACCAGAUAAAUGUUUGUGCUCGACGACUGAAUGUAUGGAAAACGUGGGUUGUACAUUUCAGAAAAAUCAUUCUUCCUCUGCAGAAGAUGUGGAUAAGGGGCAUAGCGAGGUUUGUUUAUUCUUUUACUAUUUUGGUGUUCGAUCUCUUUUAAAAACCCUUGAUUACUAG